AACCAUAUUUCACCUACGUCUCCGUGAUCCUUGAAAUUAUCGAGUUCUUCGGUGUACACCUUUUCCCAACUGCAAGCAGAAAAUUUAAGAGAUGAACGUUAAAGUUUCUCCUCGUUUCUCCUUUACGCACAAAUUCGAUCGCAAAGACGACAGAGUAUAUCGCCUGAACGACAACGGCAAUAACAGUAGCGAUAACGUUGGUGGUAAAGACAGGAAGAAGAAAAAGAAGAAGAGUAACGAUAAUAAAGAGAAGAAGGAGAAGAGAGGAGAGGGUUGUCGUCGUCGUCGUCGUCUUCCUCGUCGUCUAACAGAGCGUUCGAGAUAUCGAGCGUGAGCGCCGGCGUGGCGCUGCUCGCGACGGCGCCUAUAUAAAUGUACGAUGUCGGCGGGCGCGCUCAGUACGUGUCAUGCUUUGCCAGUGGGAGCGUCGUCUGUGAUGGCGGCCCGUGUGCGGUUGAAGAUGCAAUGCGGCACCGUAUCAUUGCCGCUCGUUGUUUUCAUCGUUGUGUGCGGUGUGGAUCUUGUGUGUGGAAUGUUCGAGCAUCGUCAUUGCAGUCAUCAACAUCCGCGUGUUCACGAGGUGAUACACGGUGUCCACAUUGAGCCGGCACACGAAGUGAAAAAGCGUAGCAUAAGUCAGCCACUUCGCAUUCUCCUUUCUUACGACGAGAGCGUGUUUAGAUUGGACGACGAGAAGUUGGAUCUUAUAAACAACACAAUCCUGCCAGAAGCUGUGCACUUUUGGGAGAGAGCACUUAUGGUACGAGAAACGAAGAAUACCAUCAGACUGAACAGAAAAUGCGAGAGUAGUCAGGUCUUCGUACAAGAUCAUCACACUCACUGCAUAGAUACUUGCCGUUCAACGACCAUGUGCGGAGAGGUGGUCGUCCCAGAGGACCAUCUUGACGUGUGCAGAAUUUGCAACGCAGUGGGUCACAAUUGUCAGGUGGCGGAAGGAAGUAAAGCCGGUCCCGGAAUCGACGGCGCGGACUUCGUAUUUUAUGUGUCCGCUAUGCAGACCGAGAGAUGUCACAAGGGAUUGACGGUCGCUUAUGCUGCUCACUGUCAACAGGAAGCUGCAUUGGAUCGACCAAUCGCAGGACACGCAAAUCUUUGCCCAGGCAGUAUCAGUACGAAGCCUCAGGAACUUGAAACAUUGUUGAGCACCGUCAAACACGAAAUUCUUCACGCUUUGGGCUUCUCCGUCAGUCUUUACGCCUUUUACAGGGAUGAAAACGGUGAGCCGAGAACACCGAGAAGAAGUGACACCGGGAAGCCUCCGUUGAAUGAAAAAUUGCAAACGCAUCAGUGGAGCGAGAGUACGAUCAAGACCGUAACGAGGCCAUAUUGGCAAGUGCACGGUGGUUACGUCGAGAGGUCGAUGCAAAUGAUCGUAACGCCACGAGUUCGUGCCGAAGUUCAAGCACAUUUCAAUUGCCCGAACUUGGAGGGUGCAGAACUCGAAGACCAGGGUGAGGAUGGGACAGCCUUGACGCAUUGGGAAAAGCGGGUCUUCGAGAACGAAGCUAUGACUGGUACGCACACUCAAAAUCCAGUUUAUUCGAGGAUUACGCUUGCCUUGAUGGAGGACACCGGUUGGUACAGUGCGAAUUAUUCGAUGGCGCAAGAACUCGGCUGGGGAAGACGCUUGGGCUGCGAUUUUGCUAUGAAAUCCUGCAAGGAAUGGAUAUCCUCGAAAUCAUCACGUUUAUCGGGAAAAUCGAUUCAUCCAUUCUGCAAUAAAGUGAAGCAAGAUCCAUUGCAAACCGAGUGUACAGAUGAUCGAAGUUCCGUAGCUUUAUGCAAUUUGGUAAAACAUCCUCAACCAUUACCAAAAAAAUAUCAGAAUUUCGAUUCGAUUCCACACGUACCACCUGGAGAAGAACAAUACUAUGGUGGUUCGGUAUCUCUGGCGGAUUAUUGUCCUUAUAUCCAAGAGUUUACGUGGCGAGCUCGAAACAUUGUCGUCAGAGGAUCUCAUUGUCUUUACGAGGAUAAUAAUCCACAUCCGGAAAAAAAUUUCGCCCUUGAGAAAUACGGAUCGCACUCGAGAUGCUUCGAUCAUACCAAUCAAAUGUGGGAAGAGAGAACGUGCAAAUUGGCACGUCAAUGGCAACAUUGGGGCUCUGGUUGCUAUCAAUACAAAUGCGAGAUGGGCCGUCUGCAUAUUAUGGUGGCAAACUAUACUUAUACCUGCUAUCAUGCCGGACAAGAAAUAGCAAUCAGAAUAAUUCAAAAUGGUUGGCUACAUAAAGGAGCUUUAAUAUGUCCACCCUGUAAAGAUAUAUGUCAAGCCGAAUUAAAAGCUCGAGGCGAAUGGUGUAAACCUGGCGAUGAACAUCCACCAGCAACUUAUUAUCACAGAGACAAUCUUUACUGCUCAUCAGCAGAAAAUUUCGGCCUAAACUUAGCAAUUAUUCUUUUAAUCGCGUAUCUCUCUUUCGUCGUUAGAUGAUAUGACGUUGUCGAAUCUAGUACGUUUUUUUUACAAUCAUCUGACUCGAUAAGACGGCAAUAUAUUAAUGAUCGUUCAUCAUCGUAGUUGCGUUAUGCGUUUAGGAAUCACGAUGAUCUAUACAGAAGGUAUACAUAUACAUACAUAACGCACAUAAACACAAACACACACACACACACAAAUAGAUACAAAACAUCGAAUGUCGAAAAUAUUCGUUGCAUUCUUUAAGCUUCGAAAAACUUCGACCCGAUAAAAAAUACAUUCUUCUAAGCUAAUACCUUAGCUCUCAAGCAUACGGGUAAAUUCUAUUUCAGUCUAAUCGUUUCUUUAAUAUUCCAAUACGUUUCGAUAUAUUAAAACAUAAAAAGCUAAAAGAUUUUCGUUUAGAAAUACGCGAAACAUUUCUAAUUCUUUAACACAGUCUUAGAAAUGACUCGUUUUGAUUGAUUUUAUUGUUACUAGUUUCUUUUUUCUUUUCUCUUUUUUUUUUUUUUUUUUCUUCUAGACUGAAGGAUGACAAUGAAAUCCUUAUAGUGUUAUUUUUGUGCGAAGAAUAUAUAUAUAUUAUAUAUUAUAUAUAUAUAUAUUAUAUAUAUAUUAAAUAUUAUAUAUUAUAUAUUAUAUAUUAUAUAUAUAUAUUAUAUAUUAUUAAGGAAUCGGAUAUAUUCUUAAACAUUUUACAAAGCGAAUGAAUAAUUCGUAAUAACGUCGUGAAAUGGAUCUAACAUUCUAUACUUUGUAAACUUAUUAACAUUCCCGUAAAAUCUUUAAGAGCGAAGUGAGAUGAUGCAUUUAUGUAUAUGUAUGUACCUCCAUCUUCGUUGUACAAUGAUUAUUUUUAUUUUUUUUUUUUUUUUCUUUUUUUUUUUCUUUUUUUCCUUUUUACGCUUAACAUACAAACUUGUAAGUGAGAAACAAUGAGUCAUAUCGAAGUGUUUUUUAAAAGACAUGUAGAAGGGAGAA